GUCAAUACAAAUCUGAAAUCUCUGUAAUUAAGGCGGAGAAUUUUCUAUAUUAGUAAUCACAGAUAAUUCUUUGGUUGUAAAAGAUAACAAAAAAGUCUAUAUAAGUCUCGACUCUCUCUAUCUCUUUUUGUGUCAUAAACGUAAACAUAUAAUUAAACAUGUCAACACUCAAUAACACUACUCCGGUUAACGGUGUUUCCCCAUCCUCCAUCAUUCGAGCUUCCAUCAUCCAAGCCUCUACCGUCUAUAACGAUACUCCAAAAACUAUAGAAAAGGCAGAGAAGCUGAUUGCCGAGGCGGCCAGUGGGGGCUCGGAGCUGGUGGUGUUCCCGGAGGCAUUUAUCGGUGGCUAUCCUCGUGGCUUUAGGUUUGGUAUGGGGGUUGGUGUUUUUAACGAAGAUGGUCGUGAUGAGUUCAGAAAGUAUCAUGCUUCUGCCAUUCAUGUUCCUGGCCCUGAAGUUAAAAAACUGGCGGAAAUUGCUAGAAAAUACAAUGUGUACUUGGUGAUGGGGGCUAUAGAGAAGGAUGGAUAUACACUCUACUGCACAGCCCUUUUCUUCAGUUCGGAAGGUCGGUUCUUGGGGAAGCACCGUAAACUCAUGCCAACAACUACUGAACGUUGCAUUUGGGGUUACGGGGAUGGAUCAACCAUCCCUGUUUAUGACACUCCCUUAGGGAAACUCGGUGCUGCUAUUUGCUGGGAAAAUAGAAUGCCUCUCUACAGAACUGCAUUGUACGCAAAAGAUUUUCCUGAACAUCCUGAUUACUUGUUUACCGACUGGUACGAUGACCAAGAACCUGAUUCUAUUGUGUCUCAAGGCGGUAGUGUCAUCAUUUCACCAUUGGGAAAGGUUCUUGCUGGACCAAACUUUGAAUCAGAGGGUCUCAUCACAGCUGAUCUUGAUCUUGGUGAUGUCGCAAGAGCCAAGUUAUACUUCGAUGUGGUGGGACAUUACUCGAAGCCUGAGGUUUUUAACUUGACAGUAAAUGAGCACCCAAAGAAACCAGUUACAUUCGUGUCAACAUCGAACCAGUUGGAAAAGGCAGAGAAGCUGAUUGCCGAGGCGGCCAGUGGGGGCUCGGAGCUGGUGGUGUUCCCGGAGGCAUUUAUCGGUGGCUAUCCUCGUGGCUUUAGGUUUGGUAUGGGGGUUGGUGUUUUUAACGAAGAUGGUCGUGAUGAGUUCAGAAAGUAUCAUGCUUCUGCCAUUCAUGUUCCUGGCCCUGAAGUUAAAAAACUGGCGGAAAUUGCUAGAAAAUACAAUGUGUACUUGGUGAUGGGGGCUAUAGAGAAGGAUGGAUAUACACUCUACUGCACAGCCCUUUUCUUCAGUUCGGAAGGUCGGUUCUUGGGGAAGCACCGUAAACUCAUGCCAACAACUACUGAACGUUGCAUUUGGGGUUACGGGGAUGGAUCAACCAUCCCUGUUUAUGACACUCCCUUAGGGAAACUCGGUGCUGCUAUUUGCUGGGAAAAUAGAAUGCCUCUCUACAGAACUGCAUUGUACGCAAAAGAUUUUCCUGAACAUCCUGAUUACUUGUUUACCGACUGGUACGAUGACCAAGAACCUGAUUCUAUUGUGUCUCAAGGCGGUAGUGUCAUCAUUUCACCAUUGGGAAAGGUUCUUGCUGGACCAAACUUUGAAUCAGAAGGUCUCAUCACAGCUGAUCUUGAUCUUGGUGAUGUCGCAAGAGCCAAGUUAUACUUCGAUGUGGUGGGACAUUACUCGAAGCCUGAGGUUUUUAACUUGACAGUAAAUGAGCACCCAAAGAAACCAGUUACAUUCGUGUCAACAUCGGUGAGAGUGGAGGAUGACUUGGAGCCUCAAGACAAAUAAUCAAGAUCUAAAGCUCAUCAAUGUAUCCUCUCCAUAACUGCUGGAGUUAAUGUCAAUCAUAUAUUUAUGUCAUGUUCAACAUUAUUCUGUUAAGCUUGUUUAUGUUUAUGUUCAAUAAUAUAAGAACCAGUUGGGUAAAACCAAUUAGUUUUUCUCUUUUCUUUAAGUAUCAUGGAAGCUAUUUUAAAGUUUUAUACACCCCUAUAAUAAGUUUUCUUUUGCUGAUAAAAUGUUAUUAUGAUGUUUAAUCAAUUGUGAUUCUACAGAAUAUAUAUACAUAUA